AUGAAAUUCUAUCCCAUCACAGUUGUUGCUACUGCUACUGCUGCCUUUGCUAGCUUGGCAUGUGCGCAAUCUGAAGGCAAUACAGUGCAACCAGGUGCAGCAGCUUCUGCUGGCACUUACUCUUGCGAUCCCAAUGUCUGCAAACUUGCUAGUGGCUGUGUAUGUGCUUCCAAGAAUCCACCUAAUGGAUUAGCACCAAGUGACACACCUCAGUUUGUUACAGUGACAUUUGAUGAUUCCAUUCAACCUCAACUGUACAAGACAGCAAAGCGCAUGCUGAAUGUCACUAACCCCAAUGGCUGCUCAGGUCGUGGUACAUGGCAACGAGAUUGCAGAUCACACGUUCUCGCACGGUCUGCAGCUCAUUUGACUGGCUAUCCUGGUUCGCCCGAUCGUGCUCCCAAACUGGAUGGUCUAGUGUCUUUAAUCAAAACACUCUUAGAGAAGCCUGACGUAUGGUUUGUGACAAAUCAGCAAUUGCUGCAAUGGAUGAAGAAUCCUGUCAAAGCAUCUGAACUAGGAAAGCAAGACUACAUGCGUUGUGAACAGCCUGUUAUCGCCAAAGGGAUUUGUAACGGUCUUGACGAUGAUAACAAUGCCAAUGUUGACGAUGGCCUUUUAAACAGCUGCAACUUUGGUACAACUCCCUUCAAUACAUGCUUCAACUGCUCAAGCACGGCACCUACAUUAGAUACACCCAAGCCUGCCACGGCAGCUCAAAAUGGCUCAGCUGGGUUCCGUUAUCCUCUUCCCAAUAACUGCAACACAAAAUGGUGGGAUCCUAUUGGAAAUUCCUGCCUCUGCACAUCCACCGAAUGUCAAUACAAGGACACUGCUGUACCUGUCAACCGGACAGACGGCAGUAAUGGCAUUGCUACCAACAAAUCAGGCUCGUCCAAUGCUGCCAGUAAUGGCAUGCAUAAUCAACUGGAAAAUGCCAUCUUUGUUACCAUUGCAAUUGUAGUGUCAUUACUAUUUUAG